ACACUGAUAGCUCUGCUGUAACAUCAAACAAGAUGGCAUCGUGAACAUGAUAAAUUUGCAAGGGUAUUAUUUACUUUGAGAGUAAACUGUAACAUUUGUCGCACAGACACCCGUAAGUCAGAAACAAGUGUUGGAAGAGCUGAGAUCAACAACAACAGUGAUGUUGGCCAGGGUCAUGAGACUUUCAACAGUUAGAUCUGGUGUGUCCAGGUGUGUCCGAAUGUCCUCUACUGCCGAGGCCCCAAACCUGGCUGACAUCAGGGAUCAGCUGAUAAAGUACUCUGGAGGGAGUGUCGACCUUGACCUUGACUCUGGGUCAGGCAUAGCAGUGCUCACUCUCAAUAAUGUGAACAAGAUGAAUGCUAUGUCAGGCCAGAUGAUGGUAGAAUUGGCAGACAGAGUUACAGAACUUGAAUCAUGGACAGAGGGUAAAGCUGUCAUUUUCAAAGGAGCUGGCAAAACAUUCUGUUCAGGGGGCGACCUUGGGACUGUCAGAGAGAUUCUUCAUCCUGAGAAUGGUUACCAAAUGUCCUGUUUCAUGCAGAACACAAUGACCCGUUUCUGGAACUUGCCUCUGUUGACCUUUGCCCUUAUUCAAGGGAGAGCACUAGGUGGUGGUGCAGAAUUGACCACAGCAUGUGACUUUAGACUGAUGGCAUCAUCAGCCAAACUGGGGUUUGUUCAAACCAAAAUGGGAGUGACCACUGGAUGGGGAGGAGGUACUCUUCUUGAGAAGCUGCUUGGCAGAACAAAGUCUCUUAGUUUACUCUGUAGUGGUCGAAUACUGGAUUCAAGGACAGCCCAAGAGAUAGGGCUUGUGGACCAUGUCUUACAAGAUGCGGAGGCUGAACUGACUGAUGUCAAGAGUUGGAUAGCUAGCCAGUAUGGCAGUGCUGAUAGGAGCAUUGUUAGAGCAAUGAAAUGUGUUGUUACUGCUGCAAGUGAUAAUAAUGUUAGUAUAGCUUUACAGAUUGAGAGGAAUAUAUUCCGGACUACAUGGGCAGGCCCUUCUCAACUUGCUGCUUUGAACAAAAAUGUUAAACACGAAUAGCAGGACAUCAUCAAGAAUGUUUUGGGUGUCAGAGAGAAUAGUGUGAGUGAAAUAAAUAAACAGUGUGAGUGGAAAAUAUGAAUUAAAAUUAAAUAUGAUUAGUAGAGCAUUUUCAAGAAUGUUUUUGGUGUCAGAAAGAACACUGAGUGGAAAAAAUUAAAUAUACAUGUAUUUUCA